AUGGCACCGAGCGCUGACCCUGUUGUGGCCCAAGAGACCAAGAAGACGCCGCUGCAGCUCAUUUCCCAAGGAGCAUGCCUUCCUGGCAUUCCCAAGCAUCCAUCUUUUGCGGCACAGAGGCAAUGGAUGCUAGAAAAAAUGGCUCUAGCUUUUCGUGUCUUUGCCCGUAAGGGCUAUACCGACGGGAUGGCUGGCCAUAUUUCUAUCCGAGACCCAGAAAACCCACAUACAUUCUGGACUAACCCAUUGGCAGUCCAUUUCGGCAUGCUAAAGGCAAGCGACAUGAUUCUCGUCAACUACGAGGGCAUGCCAGUUGGCGGAAACAUGAGCCGGCCAGCAAACGCAGCAGGUUUCCUAAUCCAUAGUGCCGUCCACCAGGCUCGUCCUGACGUUAUUGCCGCUUGCCACACUCAUAGUGUUCAUGGUAUGGCGUGGAGUGCGUUUGGUCGGCCUCUGGAGAUGUUGACACAGGAUAUUGCGUAUCUAUACGGUGACGCCCAAGCGGUAUACAAGGAUUUUGGAGGCGUUGUACUUACCCAAGAAGAAGGUGAUAAGAUUGGAGCCGCAUUAGGUCCCAGGGGAAAGGGGAUGAUCUUGCAGAAUCACGGUCUAAUCACAGUUGGCUCAACGGUCGACGAGGCUUGCUUCUUGAUGACUCUCAUGGAGCUUGGCUGCCAAUGUCAGCUGCUCGCAGAGGCUGCGGCAGCUAAUGGAAUACCAAAAGUAUACAUCCCCGAUGAAAGUGCGAAAUAUACUUUCGAGAACUCCAGCGACCCAGAGACUCUGUAUUGGGAAGGGCAGCCUGAUCUAGAGUACGAGGCAUAUAUGUGCAAAGGAGAGCAUCAAAGUUGA